UUCCUCCUCUAUACCUCCUAUCUCAUCCACCACGUUUACUUGACCAGGAACAAUCCAAGAGUGACCGGCACUUUCCAGUCAUCACAUCUACCACGCAGCCAAAUUCUCAUCCAGGUUCAUCCUCCCAUCUACCCUUGCCUGUAAAACCUUCACUCCCGCACCUAAAAUUCUAAUUUAACUAUUUUUUAACUAUUUCUUCUUUCAUAAAAAGAAAUUAACAUUUGCGAAGGGUUUCGAAUUUCACUUUGGCAAUUUUCAUGGAAGCUUCUGCUUCUGUUUCUCCAUCAUCUGUUCACCGACCAUCAAUUCGUUACUUCCGCUGUAGCUGUAGACGCUAUUGUCGUUGUCUCUGUUGCUUCUACACUUACCCUUGAAAUUCUCGUAUUUUGUUUCAAAUUCAUCGAGUUUUAGAUUCAUUUUAGGGUUUAUUAUGGAUUUAUCACAGCAUACACAAUCGAGCCUCUCUUUAAGCUUUCAUUCACACGCAUCAUGUCCAUCGCCACCGCAACGGCCUUCCUCGCAGACGCCUAUCAUCGAUGACUCAAUUUCUCUGCAACUUGAUUCAAGUUACAGGAAUUCAUCGAAUACGAUUCCUUCAAAACCGUUGCAACUACUCGAGGAUAAACCGGACAAAUUAAACUUAGAAAAUAAUGGAGAAGAUUACGAGAAAGAAGAUGAGCAAGUAGAAGAGUUCAGCAUCUUAGGUCACCCGAUGUGCCUAAAACGACAAAGAGAUGGCCACUCUUUGGCAUUUGCGAAGCGACUGGAAGUUGAGCCCGGGCUCGAAUCGCGUCGAGCCUGGGUUCGGAGCUGGGGAAAUCAGACGCUGGCCGUGGCGGAUCCCGAGAUUCACGAAAUCAUGGAAAAGGAGAAAAAGCGACAAUUUAAGGGAAUUGAGUUAAUAGCUUCCGAGAAUUUUGUGUGCCGUGCUGUGAUGGAAGCGCUUGGAAGCCAUUUAACUAAUAAGUACUCGGAAGGAUUGCCUGGAGCUAGGUACUACACAGGUAAUCAACACAUUGAUCAGAUAGAAAGUCUUUGUAUUGAACGCGCUUUAAAAGCGUUUAAUCUUGAUGGUGAAAAAUGGGGAGUUAAUGUUCAGCCAUAUUCAUGUACCUCUGCUAAUUUCGCCGUUUAUACCGGUCUCCUUUUACCAGGAGAAAGAAUUAUGGGUCUAGAUUCACCAUCAGGAGGCCAUUUGAGUCAUGGUUAUUAUACUCCGGGAGGGAAAAAGGUUUCGGCUGCUUCUAUAUUUUUUGAGAGUUUUCCAUAUAAAGUGAAUCCACAAACUGGUUUGAUUGAUUAUGAUAAACUGGAGGAGAAGGCCAUGGAUUAUAGGCCCAAGAUUUUGAUUUGUGGUGGGAGUUCAUAUCCAAGAGAGUGGGACUAUGGGAGGUUUAGGCAGAUUGCGGAUAAGUGUGGCGCUGUUCUGAUGUGUGAUAUGGCUCAUAUAAGUGGGCUCGUGGCAGCUAAGGAAUUGGCUAGUCCAUUUGACUAUUGUGAUAUAGUUACCUCAACAACUCACAAAAGUCUCCGGGGUCCCCGGGGAGGCAUCAUUUUCUAUAGGAGAGGCAAAAAAUCCAGGAAGCAAGGCAUGCCUCUUGGUCACGGUGAUAGUAAUAACCAUUAUGAUUUUGAGGAGAGGAUAAACUUUGCUGUCCAUCCAUCAUUGCAAGGGGGUCCUCACAAUAAUCACAUUGCUGCUCUUGCCAUAGCCUUGAAACAAGUGGCAACUCCAGAGUAUAAAGCAUAUAUGCAGCAGGUGAGGAAAAAUGCCCAGGCCCUAGCAUCUGCUUUAUUGAGAAGAAAAUGCAAAUUGGUGACUGGGGGCACCGACAACCAUUUGUUGCUUUGGGAUCUGACUACUCGAGGCUUAAGAGGCAAGAACUAUGAGAAAGUCUGUGAGAUGUGCCACAUUACACUUAAUAAAAGUGCUAUAUUUGGUGAGAAUGGCGCUGUAUGUCCUGGAGGAGUUAGAAUUGGUACACCUGCCAUGACUUCAAGAGGUUGUGUCGAAUCUGAUUUUGAGACAAUUGCCUACUUCCUUCUCCGGGCAGUUGAAAUAACCAGUUCUGUGCAGAGGGAACAUGGAAAAUUGCAGAAAGGAUUCAUUGAGGGUCUUCACAACAAUAAGGAUAUUGUUGAGCUGCGAAAUCGAGUUGAGGCAUUUGCUUCCCAGUUUGCAAUGCCAGGAUUUGAUAUCAUUUGAAUGUGUAAAUUAUGCAGCCUGCAUGCAUUAAAUACAUCUUUCGUGAUGCUAGUGUGGCUUACCCCCACAUCUCACGCAUUUUGUGUCCUGCUGCAUGGUAACUUUCUCACUUAGCAUCUUCCAUGUCUUUCCAUUAAUUACCUGUAAAUUAUAUAGAGAGGUCAUCAUGUUUUUGCACAUGUUCCCAAAAGUUUACAAGUAUUACUUCCCAAAGUGCUGAAUAGAUUGUUUUUUCGCAUUCCUUUUCUAAUGUGGUCUUGUAGGUACAACCUAAGUAGUUGUAAAUGUAAAACAUGCGAAUUCCUUUCCCUGCCA